UUCUAUUUUAGUAGUUGCAGUUGCCAACUUCCAGGUUGUUUUAGUUGUGAUUUAUUAUUGACUAGUGACAAUUGGGAAUAAGUGAGGUUAGGUUUUCAAUUACAUUCAAACAUUGACGUUCAGUUAGGAGGUUAUAGUAGUGCGCAUAAGUUUUCUAAGUAAUAUUGGACUAAAGUUUAAAUAAAAUUUCCGCUGAUUAUCAUAAGAAGGAUAACUAAACUUUCUCAUCAUGUCUUAUAUGUUAGGACAUCUCCAUAAUGGAUGGCAAGUGGAUCAAGCAAUUUUGUCUGAGGAGGACAGAGUUGUGGUCAUAAGGUUUGGACACGAUUGGGAUCCAACAUGUAUGAAGAUGGACGAGGUGCUCUAUAGCAUUGCAGAGAAAGUGAAAAACUUUGCUGUAAUUUACCUUGUGGAUAUCACCAAAGUUCCUGACUUCAAUAAAAUGUACGAGUUGUACGAUCCGUGCACAGUGAUGUUCUUCUUCAGGAACAAGCACAUCAUGAUUGAUUUGGGCACCGGCAACAACAACAAGAUCAAUUGGGCACUGGAGGACAAGCAGGAGAUGAUAGACAUCAUCGAGACAGUGUACCGAGGUGCCAGGAAGGGGCGAGGUCUUGUCGUUUCGCCCAAGGACUACAGCACCAAAUACAGAUACUAAAACUGUGUUUGGCGCAUAAUUGCUAUAUAUUAUAUUCUGUGAAUAUAUCAUGUGAUUUUUGUACAUUAGAAAUUAUAUAAAAAAUUGUUUCUCAUUUCUAUCUGAGAAUUGGAAUGACAAUUUUAAUGUAUCAUAGAUAUUUAAACUUUCUUAUGAGCUUAAAUUAAACUUAUUUUAGGUGA